AUGACCCAAAUCUGUGACGACGAGCCGAGUGACUCCGAACAAGACCGCCUCGGGCCUGAGAUCGCUGUGGUGGAGGCUCGCCGCAAAGUCGAUGAACUGCUUCGCGACUUACGCCAAGCUCGCAGCAUGUCUGGCGGCUCGGAGGAACCCGAGACCGCAAUUGAUGAUGCGUUGAAUGUCCUGUCAUACCGGGAUUUCCCAGCUCUCAAAGCAGCACAGACUCGACUCACCUUAAAGUCGAAAGACAAGAAACUUGAUGUUGUCUUCCGCAGCCGCAUCACGGCAAUGUCAUCAGUUCUCGCAGCAAAAGCCGCUGGACGCAGCUCCGAAUACGCACGAACAAUUCGACGGUGGCUCCAUCAGUAUCUGAACUCCAACAAGCUCCCGCUGCACCGAUACUGUCGCCCACACCGUUCAAUCCUUGACGACGAGGACCUCUCCGCAGCAAUACAAGCUCACCUCAUGUCCAUCGCGAAAACCGGUUACAUCCGCGCAAAAGAUAUCGUUGACUUUGUAUCAACUCCGGACAUGCGCGACAAGCUCGGUGGCAAGUUAACGAUCUCCGAGCGGACGGCACGUCGGUGGCUGCACAAGCUCGACUGGCGCUACAAAAGGCUCGCGAAUGGCAUGUACAUUGACGGCCAUGAACGCAGCGAUGUUGUCGAGUACCGCAGCAAGUUUGUUGAGCGCUGGAAGGAGUAUGAAAAGCGGAUGGUGACUUACGACAAUGAUGGCAACAUCUGCCACAUCCCGAAAGGCUUCCCAAUACCUGGUGGUCGCCCAUUCCGGCUCAUAGCGGCGACCCAGGAUGAAUCAACAUUCUAUGCCCAUGACCGCCGAAAGACGAAAUGGACCCACAGCUCCGAACGUCCAAAGCCGGUCCGCAAAGGCGAGGGUUCGUCGUUAAUGGUGUCCGAUUUUUUGACAGUAGAAUGGGGUCGACUCACACAUGGAGAUGAAGAGGCACGAGUAUUCUUUGAAGCGGGGAAAAACCGUGAUGGCUACUUCGCGACCGAGGAGUUACUUGCACAGGUCGAUAAUGCAAUCGAUGUCUUUGAGGAGAAGACAAACGGGUUUGCUACGGGACUCUUCCUCUUCGAUAAUGCUCCCAGUCACCAGAAGCGAGCGCCGGACGCCCUGUCCGCACGCUACAUGCCGAAGAACCCAUCGCAGACGUGGGUACCGAAGGGCGGCACCCGCAUGCGUCAUGGUCAGCUUCCCAGUGGCGAACCGCAAGAUUUCUACUUUCCGGAUGAUGACCCUCAGCACCCCGGAUGGUUCAAGGGCAUGGAGGUCAUCAUCCGGGAGCGUGGAUUAUGGCCAGACAGCGGGUUGAAAGCCCAGUGCGUCGGAUUCAAGUGCGAAUCUGGCAGGACAGAUUGCUGCUGCCGCCGUCUUCUAUUCACACAGCCAGACUUUGUGAGCCAGAAGUCUCAGCUGGAAGAGCUGAUUGAAUGUCGCGGUCAUAUCUGUGACUUCUAUCCCAAAUUUCAUCCAGAAUUGAACUUUAUCGAGCAGUAUUGGGGUGCAUCAAAGUACCUUUACCGUUUAUCCCCGAUGAGGGAGAAUGUCAAGGCAUGCCUUGAUGCUGUUCCGUGGACUCGCAUUGUAAGAUAUGCAAAUCGCUCUGCGCGCUUCAUCUCUGCAUAUCAGCAAGGUCUCGAUGGCACGGAGGCCUACUGGGCUAACCGAAAAUACCACGGACAUCGCACACUACCAUCGAGUUUCGUCGCACAGAUCAGGGAUGACUGUAAAGAACUAAAUAGGCAUUCGUAA